CAGCAGGGAUAAUUAAGGUUUUAGCAGGGUAAGGUUAAAUGUAUUUAUACUAAAUAUUAGUCAAUCAUCUAGAACAGAAUCCAACCAUUUGUCUAGGUCUAUAGAUUUGGCUGGUUUGUCGUUUGUACUACUAUUAUUUGUAACAGUAAGUCUUCGCUCUAAAUGUGCAAAAUAGAAUGAAUGAGAAGAUGAAUUUGUCAAUUUAGUAAUAACAGAGGGAAAAAUGUUCACCUUCUUCAAGAUUAUUCUUUGCAAUGAUUGGACCAGUAUGGACAGGUUCUGUAAGAGAUAACAAACAUUAUAGUUUAUCUUCUUGAUUGUAUCUAGUUUUCUUAAAAUCCUAUUCGAGCAGCUCCUUUCCAAGUGUGUUUAUAAAAGUUUCUGCAGAUUGCACAGAAGAACUCCAUCUAUGUCAACUUUGUAAAGACCAUUGUAUCUACAAUGUAAGAGCUUAUAUUAUAUCUUAAGUUAAAAACAAAUGAUUGAGCUGAUUGUCUUCACUUGCUGAAUAUUUACGGUAUUAAGAUAAUGUUUCUUACUACUCUCAAUGGUAUACCAGAACGCCAAUCAGUUGCCGCAGCUUCUUCCUGAUCAUUAAAUUUCGCUCUACAAUUUAGAGCCAAGCCUUUUUUUUUGCACGAGUUAAAGUUUGGUGUCAAUUUUCUUCAUUACCUAAAAAAAAAAAUCAUAGCCGUAAUUCAUAAUUAUUCACCAUACGUGUAAUAUAUAAGCAUAGUUACCUAAUGCAUCUCUUCUACAAGAACCAGUAUAAAUAAAUUCAAUCCAUUAUCCAUAGCUCCAUAUUCACCAGAAAUUAUAAUAGAACAAGCACAAUCAUUUCUCUGCUAUGAAUCCCAGCUAUUGGAGACACGUGCGCUGCCUUUCUAAUUUUUGUGAGAAUGGUCUUUCGAGUCCAUGGCUUCCAGAUUUUUAUACUGUCAAAAUGAUUCUUCAAUUCUUAAAAUCGUUUAUCUAACCUGAAAUCAGGUGUUUCAUUGCCUGGAUGCGUUUUAAUGACAGUAUGUUCUUUGAUAUGAACUCUUGCUCAACGUAUGUCACAUAUAUAAUUAUAAAAACGUUUUUUCAAACAUGUUCCUUGAUCGCUUUUUAGGGAUCAAUAGAACCGAGCCCUAGUUUUUGCACUCGCUCGGUAGUGAAUCUAAUCUCGAUCGGGUGAUCCAGAGUGAUGGUCGGUAUGAAACUUACUCUGGGAUGCAGAUUUUUAGUUAGGUCACCGAUUCUCUUCAACAUUUUUCUUCCUUCCAUUGACAUUGAACAUUACACUAUAUCCUUUAGCUCGUCUAUUCCUUUGGCACAGGUUUCCAGAAUUGCCUGUAAAUGUAUUUUAUUGCUUACUUGCGCCUGGCACUGCGCACAGGCAAUUUUUUUAAAUAGAGCUAGCGAUAUUGUAGGUGACUUGCGAGCAGGAGAUCUCCUGCCUGGGAAUUUUCUGGAGAGACUUGGCCCACUACGCCUCCUGGUCCUAGUCUAGCUUCUGGAGGUCCUUACAGCUUACAUGUAAUGAGAGCAAAAACAGAUUAGUGGUAAAAGAGCAAAAAGUUGCAAGUUGGAACUAUUUGUAAGGCCCUGUACCGCCAACAGAUCAGCUGUUGUCAUCAAACUGUGUAGCUGCUCCUGCACUACGUUAACUUUACCCUGGUAGAUGAAGUCAAGCAACUCCGCAAGUUUAUCGAAUUUGACAUUCCUGAAUAUGAUGACAGGAUGCUGACAAGGGUCCUGUUGUUUAAAAAACACUGGUAAUUUCGGAGCACUUGUGGCGCUGCGAUCGCUCUCGCUCUAUCGCCCGCUCAAGUACGGCCUACGAUCCUCUCAGCUUACCGCGAGUCUCUUGACCACGCAUGCGCGCUAAUCAUCAUAUAUGCUUAUAGUGGUUGACUAGUCGACUCGAUAAUUCGCACAUCGAUCUUCUCAACCUUUUGGUGUAAUGGCUCUUUCUUUUUUUGGUAGUAAGUAAAUAUCGCACUUCUAAAAUUGCACUUUUAUAGUUAAUAUAUUGCAUAUAUUUACAUUAUAAAUAUUGCAUAUCAGAAUAUCAAAUUGCGAUUCCGGCCUUGGAGGGCCACAACAUCUUUGAGCUGCGACAAGCUCUUCCAAUUUUGAUGGGCAGACGUUUAGAGAUGGCCCUGAGGACAGUCUUUGGUCUGGGUAUCGACGUCGAGGGCAGAAAUGCCGUUUUUCGUGCCAUCACGGAGGACCUGAAUCAAAACCUUACUUCGUCAAUAACAGAAGCUGAGGUAAGGAUGAUGUGGGAGUACUUGGUCCAGCAAUAUCGCCGAAUCGGCAAAUUCUUGAGGAGAGGCUACAUCACGUAGGAGAAGUUGGAGCCCAUUGAUUGGAAGCUGUUCAAAGAAAUGUGUGAUCUACCGAUGUUUAUAUAAAAGUAUUUAUUUAAAGUGUUUGUGUAUAAAGUGGUUGAAUAGCAUGUUAUAAUGUGAUUUAAUAAAUGUAUAAUAUUAAGUGAACAUCCAUUUUUUUUAAUUUGCUCGAAACUUGGUUUUUGGAAUUGCUUUUCUACUGUUUUUCCUAGAGUAUUGCACGUGUGAUGUCCGCGGCGUUUUGUUGCGGGUCGCGGUAGCUAUUCAUUUUUUUUUUCACUUGCCGAAUCGCAGUGUUAGUAUCGUAUCUCGAUCUUUAUUGCACGCGGACGUCUUAUAAUCGUGUGAUUUUGUUGCCAUAUUAAAAUGCCCUUUCGCCCUACUGACUCCAAUCUCCAUCAAAUGUGAGAGUUGUGGAGUAGAGGCGAAACAUUUGCGGAGAUAGCAGAGUAUUUCAAUUGCUUCGAAAUGACAGUGAGGACUUGGACGCGUAGAUUCGACAAGGAAACCCCUGAAAAUCUAGCUCAUGACAGGCGGAAGGAGAACGGUGGUAGGUACGCCCUGAGCGAUGAAGAUUUAGCGUGAGUUGCUGCUGCUCUGCGGGAAAAUCCUUAUUAGCACGUCUCCAGAAUGCCUGCAGCUCUGAAUCUUCCCGUUACGGAGCAAACUAUCAGAACAUCCAUUAAAAAGCGCCUGUAUAUCAAACAUCGAAAAUCGGCCAGCAAAUGCUUCAUCAGAAAUGAAAAUUUGAUUACGCGGCUUGCGUAUGGCAAUCAGCAUAUUAACUGCACGCAAGUUGAGUGAAGAAGGACAAUUGCGGUAGACAAAAAAGUCUUCUCCACGUGCAAGGAUAGUAAGAAAGGUUUAUUGUUUUUGUUGCACAACAAAUUAGUUUUCUUUGUAUGCCUUUUUUAUAUUGGUAUUUAAAAAUUACUAACCGAUUACGAUUUCAAAUUUACGCGGUACGUGAUGUAUGAUUUUGGUGUAUACAUGACGUCACGAAAUACCUAACCUCUAAAUCAUUAGUAUCGUGAACUAUAUAAUGCGUACUAGCAGACAGCAGUACUAGUGUCUAUCAGUCGGGGACUUUUUACAGUGUUAGUUAUUGUUGAAGCUAUUCUAUAUUAUGGUUCUUAAGUUUAUCCGUUUUGUCUCUGACUAUUGCUCGGUUGUAAAUUUAAAUGAAAGCAGAAGCUAUACUUGUCUGUUGGAGUAUAGUUAGUGCAAAUGAGAACGAAGUUUUUUUCACACUUUUGUUCUGGCAAAACAGUUUGUUUUUAUUUCCAGUAACCAUGCUUCAGUAGACCAAUAGUUUUUUUUUUAUUUCAAUUAAAUUUGUGUUUACAGGUCAGUCGGAGUUUGGAGAGCAGAUGGAACAAGGUACGAUUGGAACCAUGUCCUCCCAAAGAUGACCAAUAGUAGGCACAGCAAGUCUUUCUGGCCAUGGGUGUCAGGGGACGGUGCAGGUGAUCUAGUCAGGAUUAAAGGGAAACUGAAUUCCCAAUUGUAUGUGCUUAUCUUAGAAGAGUACAUGUUGCCAGGUGUCAACGCUCGCUAUCCUGAUAACUCACUGGCAACAUCCGCGCUUCCACGCUUAUUUUCCUUCAGGAAACUCAUUUCCUUCAAUUCUUGGAGAUAUGCUGUCGGAUGCAAUUGGCUGCAUUGGUUUUUCUUGGGCAGCCUCGCCUGCCUGCACGGAACUCGAAACAAUUGUUUUGGAUUGGUAUGCAAAAGCUAUUGCAUUACCAACAGAUUUUCUAUCUGAUAGUAGUCUCAACAACUCUGAAUCCAGUCUGAGCGGUGGAGGUGUGAUUCAAGGUUCUGCCUCCGAAUGCGUCCUUGUUACGAUGCUAGCUGCACGAAGUCAAGCGAUUCGGAGUAUGAAGGAACAAGAUCCAUGGACCGAAGAUUCAGCAUUCUUACCUCGGCUUGUUGCUUAUUGUUCGACGGAAUCACAUUCAUGCGUUGAAAAAGCUGCAAUGAUUAGCCUGGUAAAAUUACGCAUUCUUGAGCCGGAUGACAAAUGUUGUCUGCGUGGUGAGAUUCUUGAGACUGCAAUUAGCGAGGAUCUUGCUCACGGACUUGUCCCUUUUUAUGUGGCCACAAGUCUCGGAUCAACUGGAUGCUGUGCAUUUGACAACCUUCUUGAAAUCGGACCCAUUUGUAAGAAGUUUCCUGGUACAUGGCUUCACGUCGACGGAGCCUAUGCUGGCAAUGCAUUCAUUUGUCCAGAAAUGCGACACUUAAUGUCAGGCAUCGAGUAUGCUGAUUCAUUUAAUACGAAUCCAAACAAGUGGCUUCUCGUUAAUUUCGAUUGUUCUUGUCUAUGGGUACGUGACCGUCUACAAUUGACCUCAGCCCUAGCAGUUGAUCCUCUUUACCUGCAGCAUGCUAACUCGGCUGAAUCGAUAGAUUACCGUCAUUGGGGUAUACCUCUUAGUCGACGAUUCCGCGCCCUUAAGUUAUGGUUUGUUAUGCGUUGCUAUGGAAUUAGUGGUCUACAAAAUUAUAUUCGCAAUCAUAUCAGACUAGCGCAACGUUUUGAAGCAAAACUACUAAACGAUCUACGUUUUGAAUUACUAAAUAAAGUGCAUGCUGGUUUAGUUUGUUUUCGACUACGUGGAAGUGAUGAGCUCAAUCAAGAGCUGCUUGCAAAUAUUAAUGCAUCUGGCAGAUUACAUAUGAUACCUGCUCGAGUUCGCGGAAAGUAUACUUUACGCUUCUGUGUUGUUCAUGAGCAUGCAAGUGAAGAACAAAUAGACUUAGCAUUUAAAACCAUCUUAGAGCAAGUAGCAGAGUUGCUUUCUAGCCCGCGUGAGACUCAACCACUAGAGCAACAUUUAUCUGUUGGUAAGAGUCCAAAAAGCCCAACUCCGCUGGACAAAAAGCUUGUCCGAAAAUUCAGUUUUACACGCAGUGUGACGCGUGAUGCUUAUAAACGGUCGCGUUCAAAAACAAGUUUGCACGAUGGCGCAACGCCUAUUACAGUCUUAGAAGAGUCAUCGCGGCCCCGCACUUCACCAACUCAUUCAGUUGUUGAUACCAUUGACGAAGAUGGAGUGUUUUGUGAUGAGCGGUAGACCGUGCUGCAGCUCGCGGUUCCUAAAAAGCGGGAUCAACUACUCUCGUUGCCGUGAGCAAAAAAUUCUGCAAUCAGUUAUUUAUGCGAUAAAUGCAAAACAUGCAAUCUUAUCAUUAUUAUAAUUCAAGAAAAUUGCAAUUAUAAACUUUUGUGGAGUAAUUAUAUUAAAGGCCGUUGUUUGAAAUUUGAACAGAUAUAGAGCAACACUAAAUUUGUAUAAUUUGAUCAAUACAUGAAUCGAAAAAAUGACCUGGACAUGACUAAAUGAAAAAUUUAAGCAUUUUUGUUAAAUAAAAGAUAGACUAUUCACAUAA